GCCGCGGCCCUCGAGCGCGCCGAAGUGGCGCGGCUCCAGCUCCAGGGUCUUCUCGAUGUCGCGCAGCGACUGGCGAUAGUCGCCCAUCAGGAAAUGCAGGGUGGCGCGCCGGUUCCAGGCCUCGGCGUAGUCGGGCACGCGGGCGACCAGAUCGUCGAAGAUGACCAGCGCGGUGAAGUGGUCGCCGCGCCGCAUCGCGGCCAGGCCACUUUGCAUCCGCUCGACCACGCGCGGGUCCUCGUGCUCCAGCCAGAUCGCCCAGAUGGCGUUGGUCACCCCUUGCGCCUUGAUCGGACUCUCGACGGUCUGCAGCCGCGCGAACAGCCGGUCGAGGACGGAAAGGACAGUUCCCGCAUGACGGAUUCCGCCACCUACUUCGCCCGGAGCUACGCCGAGGCGCGCAACGCCUUUCUGGAGGCCGCGCGCGCCGCCGGCGGCACGCUGGAGAGCCUGGCCCACCCCCUUCAGGGGCCCGAGGGGGAAGCGCUGGCCACCGACCUUGCCUGGUUCGGCCCGCGCGACGCCGAGCGGCUGCUGAUCACCCUCUCCGCCACCCACGGCGUCGAGGGCUACUGCGGCUCCGGCGUGCAGACCGGCACGCUGCGCAGCGGCCGCCACAAGGACCUGCCCGACGGCGUGGCGAUGCUGGCGAUCCACGCCAUCAACCCGCACGGCUUCGCCUGGAGCCGGCGGGUGACCGAGGACAACGUCGAUCUCAACCGCAACUUCGCCGACUUCGCGGCGCCGCUGCCGGAGAACCCGGGCUACGAGGCGCUGCACGAGGUGAUCUGCCCGCCGACCUGGGACCAGGAGACGAUCGAGCGGACCUUCGCCGAGCUGAUGGCCUAUGCCGAAGCACAUUCCCUGGCAAGCCUGCAGCAGGCGGUCAGCGGCGGCCAGUACCGCCACACCGACGGCCUGUUCUUCGGCGGCCAGCAGCCGACCUGGUCGCACCGCACCCUGGCGCGCGUGCUGCGCGCGCAGGGCGCCCGGGCGCGCAAGAUCGCCGUCAUCGACUACCACACCGGCCUCGGCCCCUUCGGUCAUGGCGAGCGGAUCUGCCCCCACCCGGCCGGCAGCCCGGGCCGCGCCCGCGCCGAGGCCUGGUUCGGCGGCGACAUCACCGCGACC